UAGCAGGCAUUUUCGCGCGAACGCCCCCGAAACCGAAAAGCCCCGUCCGGGCCCACAACGGGACUCACCAGACACUUCACCCAUCGGAAUGACACCGGUACAGCUGCUCGCCACGAACGUGGCGUUAUGGGCACUUGUCGGUGCACAAUUUCCAUUCAAGGUUCCUUCCCAGUCAUCGGGUAACUUUGGAAACAAGUUCCAACCUUUUACGAACUUCGACCAAUAUGCUAGAAAUUCUCCGACAACGAAGAGCGAUUUCGGCCACGGAACCACCGCACAGAGUAACUCGAAUGGUAAUUACGAGGUUAGUCAAUCGUUAAACGAGGUCUCCAAGGGCUUUCCAGCGACGAAACCAGAUUUUCAGUUACAGACACCCCGAUACCAGCUCAUACGGGAUCAGCCCGCUCUAUAUCAACGUUUUACAUUCCGCGCACCCACACCCUCCACACCAGUAGCCCGUUAUCAAGCUCCUGUUCAGCAAUACGAGUCAGCUCGGUUUCAAUAUCCUACCGUGCCUCCCCAAUAUCGUUUCCAGACAUUUCAGCCGCGGCCUAUUGCUAACGUCCGCCCUUAUAAGCCUCCACCUACAUCGCAGCCAUAUCAAGUUCCACUAGUCUUUCUGCCCCAAAACCAAUCUUCCGCAAGACAACGGUACCAGUUUCCUCCACGUCAAUAUCAACCCCCUUCACAACAAUAUCAACCUCCUCCACAAAAGUAUCAGCCACUCCAACAGCAACAACAGCCCCCUGAACCUCAAAGGCCGCGAAAUGGCUUUGUGGGUACGGUAAGACUUCCGUUCGAUGCGGCUGUUCUUGCAGUUCGAUCAUAUUCGCCGCCACGGCAAACUUCGUCCUCGGAUUCUUCUCAGCAGACAAAGAAAAAGCCCGCGAUCUUUCAUCGUCCCGCACAUGUGCACUAUGUUCGUGUUAAGGCAAAACCUGAAGGCGAUUAUAAGUUCGGUUACGAUACGGCAAAAAGUCCAAAUGAAGAUGAGUCCUUUAGGCGAGAGACACGCGGUCCUAAUGGAACCGUACGCGGCUCGUAUAGUAACGCCGAUUCGAACGGCAAGCAGAUUAUUGUGCAUAACGAUGGUCUUAAUAAAGGAUUUAAGACUUUGUUGGGGAACGAAGCAAAGAGUAAGCGUACUCAGGCUGUUGGAGGGCAAAAUAAUUUUGGCGAUGGGCGUGCGCAAGCGCAGGGAGGGUUACAUAUGCAGGUAAUCUCGAGGCCGGACCAAGAUAUUGCUGUGCAGCAAUCGGCACUGCGAAUCACUCCCGACGCUCCUCUGAUCAAAGGCCCUUCUCAACCUCUUCCUAAACGACGCCAACAACGCGCCGUAACCAAUGACGCUAACGAUGACGAGGAUAACGAUGAGUUGAAGCCGCAAAGAAACUUCGGAUUACGUGUUGUUACAUCGGGGUCGCUCCGACCAACGGGUUCUCCGCGGCCCAACCGACUUCGCAUCCGACGACCCAUUAAUAUUGAUGGGUCCAGUCUGCGUCUUACGCCGAGACCCGGCAGCUUCGGCAAUGACUCUAGCCGACCACCGGUUCGUCAAAGGCAACUGGCGCGCACUCGGGUAGUAAUUCGAACAACGACGCCUCUUCCCGCGGCAUUCACACCCCGACCAACUGCACCUCGUCGUCGGGUGAUUCCACCGUCUGACUCGACUUCACCAACGUUUAAAGACGUCAUUGCGUUUCCUCCCGAGCAAAAACGACGCCGCAAGGUCAAGAGGAAAUUUAGGACGACAGUUGCACCAGUACUACAGAACCAACCGUUAGUUCUAAACGAGCUGGUUCAGACACGUACCCCAGUAGUUCCAGAACGAGCCCCCGUGCUUCCCCCCUUACGUCCAGCACCGAUAGCUCCUUUAAAAGGAUCCAUGCCUGCUUCCGUCUUUCCAGAGCCCGUCACCCCUUCGAGCCAAAUCUCUACUCAGAUCCAACGGCCACAACAAAUCCCGCCUCCGACGCUUAUUCAGCAACAAUCACCUAUUGUCAGUCAGUUUAAUCACCCAUUAAACAAUCCGUUCGCUCAACACGUGCGCAGUCCUCAGUCACUAUAUGAUCAGUUAACAAACUCCAUUUAUCAGGAGGCUAGACGAGUGCCAAUCGAGAAACAUUUUCCACCGCAUCAACAACAAAUUGAUUCCCAAUACGUACCCGAACAACAGCGUACAUUUCGGUUCCAACAUACACCACCUUCGCAGUUUUCCUACCAUACCCAAUACGGUGUCUCAGGGCAAUUCCCGAUUGCGCAAGGCUUCCAAACACCGCAGUUCUCAAGCCCUUAUCAACAAGGUUCGAGGUUCCAGCAGGCCUCGUAUCAAUUGCCACGACAGCAGACACAGCCAUCAACAAAUCAAGACUUGUUCCCAUACGCUACGAAUCAGCGCUUUAGUCAUCCUGCUCUGCUAUCAUAUGAUAUCGGAUCAGCGCAAAGACUUUAAAGUGGGCUUUAGAAAAUUGAACGAUUUAUGUAAAAGUUCUCACCUACUUCUGUCCUUUUGUAUGCUCGCCUCUGCAGGCAUUCCUCUAGGUUCGGCUGUAGCAAAAGAUGAACUUCACGAAGAGUAAAGUUAUCGAAGUGAAUUAAUCCAUUAGAUCCGGUUAUAAAGUUCACAAUGUGUGUAUACCAGUUGAAAAUCGCACAUCGUUGAUCGUCAUUACACUAUGCGCGGGGCUCAGUCAUUUGAUAGCACGCCAUCACCUGUAUAGGUUCAUCAUUUAUCUAUACGCAUAUGUGAAACUAUUGUUGUUGUUGACGAGUUUCAUUAGGAUAUUGAUAUUCAGUACUCGCCAUUUAUAUAAUCAUUAUCAUCGCUGUCGUCGUCGCCGCCAUCAUAAAAAUAAUAAUAACAAUAUCGUGCGAAUUUAGCCGUCAUCGGGGCCAGACUCUGAGAAGCUGUUAUAUGAUAUGUUACAUCUUUUUGUUAUUAUAAUAAUAAUAAUCACAAUAAAAAAAACCAUACCGCCUGGAUGAGGUAACUCGAAUGUCUGUGGAGGAGCACCGCAUCAGCGUUGUCGCAGCUCGAACGUGUUUGUUAUGUAUUAAAAUAGAUAAAUACUAUUUAACUAUGGCAUUGAA